AUGGGCUGGUUCUCUUGGUCUUCGAACUCCAAUCAAGCCUCCGAUGGCGGCCGUAUAGCUCCCGACCGAACCUCGCGGCAGAAGUGCUGGGAAGCCCGCGAUACCUUUUUCUCGUGCCUGGACAACAACGACAUCAUAGAUUCCGUGAAGGGAGACAAGGAAGCUCGGAAGAAGUGCGGAAAGGAGAUUGCAGAGUUUGAAGCGUCUUGCGCAACUGCAUGGGUCAAGUACUUUAAGGAGAAACGUGUGAUGGAGUACAACCGGGACAAGACGAUUGAGCGAAUCAAGAAAGAAGACGCGGCUACGGUGCAAGACCUCAAGUCGCAGGGCUGGACGGCAAGAUGA